AUGUCAGCGUUGCUGCGCAUUAAACUCUCUCGCUCCGACAGCUCCGUGCCCUGGGGCUUCCGUCUGGAAGGUGGUCUGGACCUGGGACAUGCGCUCAACAUUCAGAAGGUCACUCCGGGCAGUGUUGCCGAGGCCUGUGGUGUCAAACCCGGCGAUAUCAUUGUGAGCAUCAAUUCUGCGGAUACGCGAUUCAUGAAACACGAGGACGCAAAAAUGGAAAUUAUUCGGUCCAACAAUGCAUUUGAAAUGAUCGUGGAGAGGAAUGACGGUGGAAACUCCAUGGCUGUAGGAGCUUCCAUUACCCUUGACCAGGUUUCCACCACUUCUGAGGUAAGUACUCAACCGACCGACAUCAACGGGGGAGUUGAAGUGAUGUGCGGUGUCCCGAAAGCUGGUACAGCAAUGAUCUCUCAGGGUCCAGACGGGAGGUUCCAACGCCUCUCUCACUCAUCUUAUAACUCUCCCAUGGGUUUGUACUCAAAGAGCAAUGUAAAUACCUCCUUCAGAAGUACAGUUGCUUCGGCAGGAGCAGAUCCAUCAAAAAUCCAACCGGCUCCACAAAUCUUCGGUGGAAGUAUGCGAUGUGGAUCAUGCCAGGAACUCAUCACAGGUGGACAGUUUGUGAGAGUGCAGGGCCGGAUCCCCAUGCAUCCCUCGUGUCUCAAGUGUUGCAAAUGUGGCAUUGGACUGAGGAAUGUAGGCUACUUCUACAUAAACGAGAUGCUUUACUGCGAGACUCAUGCCAAGCAAGUUGGUAGACCACCAGACUCAAAUGUGAAACCUGUGGUGAUUUACAAGUGA